AUGGUAAAAAACAAAGAGGAACAACAUGUAGAUUGGCUGAGAAAAUUGCCAGAGUGCUUGUUGUUACAGAUUCUCUUGAAACUUGGCACCAAGGAUGUGGUUAAAUGUAGUGUGUUAUCAAGCGGGUGGAGAAAUCUGUGGCAGCUUGUACCUGGUUUAGACCUGGAUUUUGAUGAUUUUCGGGACCACGUUGCUUUCGCGAGCUUUAUCGAUAGGUUUCUGGGUUUGAACAGCGAGUCGCGUCUGCAACAUUUCAAGUUCACGUACGAACCCGAAGAAGAGGAAGAAAAUGUUGAUGUUUCUCGUCUCACCCAGUGGAUCAGCACUGCUAUUGAGCGGAAAGUGCAGCACCUCCAUGUUUGGUACACAAUUGGGAGAGGUUUUGAAUUGGAGAUACCCCAAUCAGUGUACACUUGCGAGAGCUUAGUAUCCUUAAACCUCCGUGGGGUUAUCUUGCCUGAUCCAAAGUUCGUUUCUUUACCUUGUGUCAAAGUGAUCACUCUAGAUUUUGUUAGGUGUGCAACGGAUUUGGGUUUAGGAAGGCUCAUCUCAGGCUGCCCUCUUCUCAAAAGCUUUGCACUAACCAAUUCUCUAUUCGGCAGUGGUUCUAAUGAAGAUGUAGUAGUUUCAGUUGAUGCUCCUAGGCUCGAGUAUCUCAAGAUCCGUGAUCAUUAUGCACAAAGAUUCAUCAUACACAGUCCAGGUUCUCUUGUUGAAGCGGAUAUCGCUAUCGCGUUUAACAAGCUCUGCAAAAACACGUUUGAUCCGGAUAAUGUACCAAUGAGAAAUAUGAUUCGUAGUUUUCUCAUAGCGAUCUCUGGUGUCAAAGUGAUGAAGAUCCACACGUCUUCUCUCAAGGCCAUUUAUGAAAACUCGAGACGCCAACGACUGCAUCUGUUUCCUAACCUCACCUCCUUGUGUGCUGACUUGGAUGGCUACAGAUGGGAAAUGUUGCCAAUCUUUCUUGAGAGCUGCCCCAAUCUAAAACAUCUAUCCUUGAAGUUUUAUAUAUGUACAAGUCAGGAAAUCAGUAUUGUACCACCUGGAACUCGGUGGUGUCUCCUACCAUCUCUCGAGUUUGUCGAGAUAGAAGAAGGAGCGUCACUCACAGAGAUAUACGAGGCGAGGGAGAUGAAACUAGUGAGUUACUUUCUGGAGAAGUCAACAAUCCUCAAGAAGCUCACUCUAUCCUUACAUCCUUCCAGAAAGGAGAAAGCAUCUGUCAUCCUCAACAAGUUCCUCUCAAUUCCAACACGAUCUCCUUCAUGCCAAGUUGUUGUUCUCUGA